GAGAAAGAAGGGAUAGCUAAGGUCUCCCUUGAACACUUUAUUUUGGAAGUCUCAUCCAUCUUCUUUCCCUUUAUAUUUGCAAGUUUUUGUAGCUUGUUCCAAGAGGAGUACAUAGCUAGCUUGUUAUAUAGUUGUUGAGUUGGUUUUAGUGGUGUUGGGAUGGCUCAAACAGUGGGGAGGAACAUAGCAGCACCGCUGCUGUUUCUGAACCUCAUAAUGUAUAUAAUAGUGGUGGGUUUUGCGAGCUGGAACCUGAACCACUUCAUUAAUGGCCAGACUAACUACCCUGGAGUGGCGGGCAAUGGCGCCACCUUCUACUUCCUGGUAUUUGCGAUACUUGCCGGCGUGCUCGGUGUUGCGUCGAAGCUAGCCGGUGCCAACCACGUUAGAGCUUGGAGGAAUGAUAGCCUCGCGGCGGCCGCCUCGUCCGCAGUCGUUGCAUGGGCCAUUACUGCCUUGGCCUUUGGGUUGGCAUGCAAGGAGAUCAACGUUGGAGGUCACAGGGGAUGGAGACUGAGGACUCUGGAGGCCUUCGUUAUCAUAUUAACCUUCACGCAGCUUCUCUACGUGUUGAUGCUGCAUGCUGGGAUGUUCAGUAGCAAGUAUGGGCCCGGGUACAGAGAUCCGGAUUAUGGGCUGGGUGGUGGGCCGGCAGCUGAACCGGCCCAGAAGGGAACCAGGGUUUAAUUGGUGACUUCUAUCUAGAUACUCCAGAAGUGAGGAGUAGACAAAAUGGCUUCUCUAACCCUUUUUUUUUUCUUUUUUGUUGCUGGUGUUGGAGCUUUAGUCUCCUCGUUUUAAUUAUUUAGAAUUUACGCAUGAUGUUGUACAUACUGGUGUAGUACUUGUACCUUAUGUUAUCGCUCUCUUGGAUAUCAUAUUAGUAGUGUAAAUUAAAGGUGUCUACCUCCUCCUCUAUCAUUGUUCCUGUUACAGGCUUGAUGGUAUAAGUUUAUUUAUAUGAAAAAUUUGAUGCUCAAAUAUAUGUAA